AUGGAAGACGACGUGGUCGCCGGAGGAGGGCUGCUGCCUCAUACGAUCCCCUCUGGCGAGCAGGCGGUCUGGGUGGACGCUUCCCAACUUCUCCAGGCCGCCUGCAAUGGUGACAACAUUUUGUUUCCUCUUGUUCUGUACCUGUCUGGUCGUACGAUAUUGUGUAUGUCUGUGUGUUCAUGCUACGUGCAUAUCCGCUGUCUCUUUAGAAGUUUGAUUUUGAUCUUCUCGUCACCUUAUUUUGAAUCGGAAACCGUUAAUAUGGCACUCGGGUUGGAAGCCUGAGAAAAUGGUUUCACGCUAUUUUACACGGAUUUUUUUGGGUUUUUGGGGGAGUGCAGAAGUACAGUUUCUUUUUUUUUUUCUCUAUAGAAAGCUAUUUUGGGCUUAUAGGACGAGAAGGGGGAUGCUUUUUCGGUGUAUUGCGGAUACUUAUGCCUUAGAGAGGAUGGGGAACUGCAAGAUGCGCAAGCAACCUGUUGUAUGCAAUUUCGAACAUUAGUGCAUAUCUCCCAAUCCAACCCGUGUACCUCCUCAUUGGCCAUAGUAUAUAUCUCUUGUGAUAUUGUAUGUUAUAUCUAUUUAUGUACCAAAAUAUUCCUGUUUAUUACAGGUUAAGGUUUAUCAAUGUGUUCCAUAUGUUAUGUUGAUUAUAUGGUAAGUUAUCAGCCAUUUGAUUCUCUUUUAAUCUUGCACUACAGAUCUCCAGGAUGGAGAGCUUAUCUGUGCGGAGAAUUUCAAUCUCUUUGCCGCUAUGUCUGCCUUGGAGGUAAUAGAUACUUUAAUUAUGUAAAUUUAUGAUACUUAUAUUUGCUUUAAAAAAUGGUAAUACUAGUCCGAAGGUUGGUCCUUUUUUCUCCAUAGUAUCCACAAGGCAGGUGUUCAACCAUGCCAAAUGUUUUGCAAUCAGGUUUCACUCCAUCAAGUAUUUGAUAAAACAAUUAUUUGAAUAAUGACGAGAUAUGGAAACUGCUUCCCAAUGAAAUUUUUUGAUAUGUUUUUUGAAACAUUGUAUUUUUCCUCGUGUUCUUCAAAUGCCAUAUUUGCUUCUCUUUUAUCUUUGAUCUUCGGAUGCAGUGAUGAUGUUGAUGAUUUAACUUAAAAUAUAAUAAAUUAUAGUCAUCACAUAUGGAUUUAAUUCUUGAAAACAAUUUGCAUCUGUUUCAUUACCCUGUUAUUACUUCAAAACUUAUUUUGUCUCAUAUGCUUUAUCUGGCAUUUUAUGUUUGUAUUUUGUAGAUAAUGGAUCCAAAAAUGGAUUCGGGAAUGGAAAAAUGCGGAUAUCAGUCUCUCGAAGAAGCAAUUGAAAAUGGAGCUGCUCCUGUUCCCCUCAGUUCGGACAGGACUCUUGACGUCCAAUACUGCAUUGAUGUCAUGGAUCACCUAUUAACAUGCGAGGUUGAGUCCAUGUAAUACUGCUUGCAUCAUGUGUUCUUUCAUGGAUCUAAAAUUCAACAUGACAUUACUUUUCAGGCAACGUGGCACAGGGGACAUUCACUGGCACAAACAGUCUUUUCAUGCAUAUAUCUCCUUAAAAUUGAAAGGACAUCUUCGCAUGCAUUAUUACAUUCUUAUUGCCGGAUCAUUAGGGCUACAUGUAACUUGGUUGUGUCAGCUGUCUCAGAUGCACGUACACAUGAGGUAAAUAUCCAGUAAAGUUUUCUUUAAUUGGACAAUUGAGUCUGAUUUAUUUCUUGGUCGCGCUAAGUACCAGAUGGACUAUUUAUCUCACCUCUGACAUAACAGUUAGCAUGGACAGCUUGGAAACUGUUAUGUGAACAUGAUGAAACAUUGUAUCACAAGCUUCUAAUAAUAUUCUGAAACCCUGGUCCCUCUCAAAUGCUUCACAACAUCAGUGCUGUUAUAGCGCUUGUCCUUAGCAUAACUGUUUACCCCAUACAUGCUGAUUUUGACAUCUUCUAACGAGUUGGCCUUGUUUCCCGUGGCAAUGUCCUGUCAAUUUAAUCAUUCCCUUUCUUGAGCAACUAAAAAUCAUAACUGGCCAUCAGUAAUUCUUUUUGAGUUAAGAAAAAAGUCUCUCUGACAUUUUAAACUAAAGGUCACGCUUUCUUUCAGAGCUAAAAGAUGGGUAAUUUUUUUUGUCCCUCUGUAGGAAAUAGAGCUAAGCGAUUGUGAUCGAUUAGGAAAUGAAUGAUGCAUAAUAGAAGACUUAUAUGUUGCUAUGGACUUUGGCAUGCCAUGUUGACUGCUUUUAAGGGCCAUGCGAUUUCAGAACUGGCAAGUAUAGCCUUGUUUUAGCCUAUAUAGGCUACAUUAGAACGUUGUGAUGCUAUUGUGCAUAAUUGCUUAAGAAACUUUAUGUUUUGGUUAAUGAUAAAUGAAAUAUUGAUUAAUGAUCACAUCCUCAGGGUUUUGCUGUGCUUCUUGGAAACAAUAGAGCUUAGGCUCUGCAGUCUUUUGCCUGUAUAUAAGGUCAUAAUUUGUCGUUAUGGACAUGUGUUGGAGUUGUUGAAUGUAGAGCAAACGGUAGCACAUAAUAUAACAAAAGUACACUCAUGAAUAUAACGACAGAUACCACGCCAGUGAAAAAAUAUCAGAAUAAAAUGAUAUCUGGUUAUCAGAAAGUAAAAGCUAUCUGAUUUUUCCCAUAAUUAGCUUUUCCUGAGCGUCAUACAGUUUGUCACUGACUACAUUGAAUCAGUGAAAAGAGGGAUAUUAAUUGCUUAAGUUUGUUAUCUUUAAAAAUAUAAGUGUAAAAUGUCAUAAAUCAUCCAUCUUUAAAAAAAUGAAGGAUCAUCAUUAAUGUAACUAAGCAUCAUCCUGUUGACAUUGUGUACGUUUAAAGAUAUUAAAUUGGUCUUCAUGAUUCUGAUUUAUGCAAGGAGCAAUAUACUUUAGAACAAUCCCCGUUAUAAAUAUGGUUUUUUUGCGUAUCUUGUAAAAAUAUAUGUAUGCAUAUUGGAAAACAACCUUUUUAUUUACAUUUAUAACAUGAUUUGUGUUUUUUCCUCCAAUUUGAUCCGAGAUGUAGCUCCACUUUGAAGAACCUUGGAUGGAAGCAAAGGGUGUUUAGUAGAUCCAUUGUUUGAUUCGUAAUGGCUCGACAAGAAAAAAUAAUUAAUAGAAGACUAUUUAUUAAUGAUCAAAUUGGAAUGAUGAGGAAUCCUAAAAUCAGAUUAAAUCGUUCAUUGUGAACCACCAUUUUGGAUCAUCUCUAUUGUAAAGCGUUGGGUACCUAUUAGACUGAGGUGUACUCACUGCAAUGCCAACUAUAGGAAAAUAUGCUGGAUUCUGGCUACAAUGUAUUCUUAGAUGUUUGCAAGAGCCAUAAAGGCAUGGUGUGAAUUGAAGUAGAGAAAGAUCAAUUUGUACUUUGGAGCUCUUUGGAAUGUUUCACUUGUCAUGGUUGAUUGUUGCCUUCCAUCUUUCAGUUCUUCAUGUAUUGGCAGCUUUGGGGACAUGUAAUUUGAAAGAGAACGCUUUGAAUUGAUCACUCAUUCUUUAGCAUGGAAAGUUACCAUUUACCAAAUUGUAUUUUAUACGGGUCAUUCUAGGAAGUCUGCAUGCUAUGAAUUAAUCAUCCAACCUGUUAUUAGUAGCAUUUCAAUGAAGUUCUAUAUGGCAUGGUGUUCAAAACAUGGUUCUUAAGACAUUGCAUAGGUAAUAGUCAACACGAAAAGUUGGCCCCAAUACCCUGGGCAUCUGGAUCACCAAGGUACCUUUGAUGCCUAUUCAUAGUGCCUAUGCAACAUUCCUUUGCAAUUCAUCCAUCAUGCAUUGUCCAAGUAUGUGAUGAAGGAUCCGAUUUUGCCUUUGUAUCCCAUCAUGAAAUGCACAAUGAACAACUGAAUCGAGUUUGGGAGAUGGGCAAAGCAUUUGUGGCGGCUGAACACUCGACAUUUUUAAUUUUUAUACCAAGACAGUUUUUUUAUUUUUUGAAUUAUUUAGGUUUUUUUAUAUGUUCUAUAUUUUAUUCGUAACUAUUUUUUAGAAAGAAUGUUUACCUUUAUUUUACAUAUGUUGCGUAUAUAGUUUCUUAUUUAUUUAUUAUUUAUUAUUAUUAUUAUUAAUUAUUAUUUAUUUAUAUUUAAGUUAUUGUUGAUAUAAUUAUUGAAAUGUUUUGCCCAGUAGGCUUGGUGUAAAGUCGUAGACUGCUGCCUUGAUCAUCCAGGUCAUCUUCAGAAACAUGGUUCAAAGUGUACUUCCUUUUUUAUUGGGGUCCUGGGGAAAUUAUUUUUACUGACACUUUAGAUGGCCUCUUUGCAUUUAGUUCUACUAAAGAAUAUGGUGAGGUAUAUUGUCAUCACUCAUUGUGAUACUACUAUAAUCCACUCCUAAUGCAUCUUCAUGUUUCUAAUUUUUAAUCUUUACCUUUAAAUAUCGCCUAAGUGUCCAUAAUUAACGUUUCUCCUCUUGAAGUGCUGUGUAGAACAUAGAUGUGAUUGAGUAUCUAAUUUCUCGUUUUAAUGGCAGGAGGAAGACCUUUUUACCAUGUGUUAUGGUUUGCCAUUGAAAGGGGAGGGUGAUGAAAAAUGCUUACACAUCCUAAAUUCAGUAGAAGAAACGCUUUCUCGUCAAUUGCGCGCUUGUAAGGCUACAGUUUCCAAGAAGAAGUUUUCUGAAGGUAUUUAACUAUUUUUCGAAAAUGGCACCCAUUUUAAAUUCUAUCAAAUUUAUUUAUCAAUGAAAAUUUUUGUGUUGAAUGCAGUAGUUUCAUGGUAAAAAACUUUUCUUUCUAUGGGACUUCAGUUAGCAUCCUUUAUUUGUCAAAACUUCAAUAAAUUUCACUAAGUUUUUAAUCAAACUUGCUGAAUACCCAUUCCUUGCCCCUUUUGCCUCUUCAUGAAAUUAGACCUGCGACAGUAUAUGACGAUUUUAGCCUUUAAAUGAUAGGCUUAGACAUGCUUAGUGGUCUGUGGUGUCAAUGGCUGUAACAGGGCCUCAUAAUAAUUAAUCGAAGUAUGGAUGCAUAAUAACCAAAUCAAAAGCUUAGUGUGCAUAGAUUCUGAUAAGAAUUAAUGUACUGAAUGCAGUACUCGAGGUAGAAUUGGAUUCAGGAAGAGGACAGUAGUGUGGCUUCUUUCUGCACCUUGGCUUCAGUUAGGAAAGGCAUACUGUCAUGUAAUUAUGGGAUGAUAAUCACAGAAAGGCUUUCCUGUUGUCAUUUUUUUAACUUCCACUUCCAUGGUCUGUUUUCCUUGAUCUUUUAAAGUAGGAAUCAGAAAUGUUAUCAAUAGCCACCCUCCUUGAAGGAAGUUGGAUGGAGGACAAGGCAUAAGGGCUGGACGACCUCUUUCAGCUCUUGUGGUAGUUGCUCAAAGAAGUCUCUUAAUGGCUGGAAAGGAGUUUUAGAAAGCAAAGAUCUCAUUUAUGGGUUUCACGAUAUGUUUUUCGUCCUUAUCUUAUAGCAUGAGAUGUAGAGAAACUAGAAGAGUCCUGCCAACCUGCCUCCACGAUGUUCCCGGGGGGCUCACCCGUGGAAACCCCCAACUGUGGAUUAUUUGGGAAAUUUGCUUGAUUUUUGCUGUCAAAUUACCUUCCUUUUAUGUCAUGCAAAAAUUAGUAAUUUUGGCCCAUGCAUAUGAAAGUGCCCUUUUACUUUAGAUAAUGUAAAUACAUCAUAGGGGUUAUUGCUGUUAUUGUCGCUCUACCGAGAGAAGGCUAUUGCAACAUGAGAAUCUCCCUCAAUCCUGAGCUACCGUCCUCUUUUGUUGGGAAUCGUGGUAGGCUGCAAAAGUGGAGAUAAUUGGGCCCGUCUUUUACCCAAUGGAUUGUAUAUCGUUGAUGUUCACAAGAAGCAUGCCUUUUCUUUUCAAGGAUCCAAGGUUGAAUGGCUUUUUGAUGAAUCCCUGGAUGGCCGAGACACAUAAUUUUGGACUUUUGAGAUAUAAGUUCUCUAUCCUCUGAAGUCAAAUAGUUUUAGUUUAAUGCAUGAGGAAAUAAAACACAAUAUGCAUUAUAUGUGGCUACACUUCAUAUAUCAAGGGAUAUUCGCACAUUCAUGUUACUGUGUUUUUCCUGGGAAAACUGAUACUUUUUUUUUGUGUACCACCUUCUACUUUUUACUUUCUAUAUUAAGCUAAUUGAUGUCCUACCUUCUUUAAUAUGAUAUGGUAGUCGUUUAUGCGCUAUUUUUAAUGUUCUGGAGUACUGUUAUCGAGAUGUUUUGAAAUGAUUCUAGUUUCCAGUAUAGUAGACUUCUUUCAAGGGAUUUUAACGGUUAUAUGCUAAAUUUAAUGCAUCUGAAGGGAGGGAUAGUUAUUUUUUUAUUGUUUUGUAUAAUUUCGUAAAUUUCUGCCUCUGCAAUAACUUUUCAAUUUUUUUUGUUUAAAAAGUUUUUUAUGUUUUUGUAGUUAAGAUAUCAGCUACCAAAGUUUGAUGAUCUUCGUUAAUGCAGACAUUGAAUCCUUACAGCCUAUUGUUGACUUGGAAGAGGGAUACUGCAAGGCCUUACUAUCUCGUUUACGCUUCCGUAAGGUCUUGCCCCAUGUACCUGUUUAUUUUUCAUAUAUUUAUUAGAAAAUAUGUUAGUUUGUAACCACUGUUUAGUCGUAUAUGAUUUUAAGGUUUUUUAUGUUUAAUAAACUUCAAUAUGUUGCAUCUUUACACUAGAGUUUUAUGUGAACGAAUCGCAUAUCCUUUAUUUAUGUAUUUUAUUCUUCAUGUUUUUCUUUUACGCUCACCCAUGUAAGUGUUUAUUGACUGUUUAACAUUUUGUGUAUAGUGUUACCCUUCUAAGCUAAAACUGUGUUUCAGUAUAGUUUUUCUUCUUGAGUUUUCUAUGGUAUUAUUUCCAAUUUGUACAGCACUUCUACCACGUCCUCAUGUGCAUGAGGAAAUCACAAGGAAGAGGAUUAGAGUUAGCCAGGAAACAUAUUGCAGCAUGCCUUUGUGAGCUAGCCCUCAUUCUCAAGUCACUGGAGUUCCUCAGGUUUAAUGCACAUGGAUCUCAGCAAGAUGACAUUAAAUGUGGAACCACAGCCUCUGGCUGUGAGCCUACUGGCUUUGCUGCUAAUUUGAACAGCAGAUUGUUAGCCCCUGCUCCUCCACGUGCAAUCAAACUUCUCAGUUGGAUUGAGGUGAGCAGCUGAAGCAAAAGAAUAGGAUCAUUUGAAUCACGGACUCUUCCAUUUUUGCUGACUUUUCUAUUCUUUACAGGCUAUCAAGUAUUUCAAGAAACUUCUCCAUGACCUAGAUGCUAUUUGUUCAUUUCCGUUGGAUCCAAGUCUAGAAGGUGUUCUUCAUUUUGUGGUCCAAUUUCAGAAAUCUCAGCCAGACUUGAUUGCUAGAGCUCACCUACAGGUCUGCUCAUUACAUUUGUUAUUGUUAAUUUUCUUCUCUGGUUGUAAUAUGUGCAGUCUGCAUCUCCAUUACAAAUUAGGAUGGUGAUUGUUUCUUAACCAUUUUCCCUGAUCUUUACAAAGCCUCCUUUUUGUUUAUCCAAUGAUUCAACUAAUUGAAUUCAAAUCAAAUGCAAGCUCCGUGUCAAUAACAAGCGGUCCAAUUGAAGUACAGAAAAAAAAAACUACAUGCCUAGCACACUUCAAUAUGGUCUUCUAAAUUUAAAAACGUUGAUGUCCUUGAGAAAAAGCUUUAAGAUAUAGUCCAGGUUGGGAUCAAUUAGAUGAGUGGGAGAUCUGGGAGCCAGCAAGCUGCAUGAUUGGAAAUGAUAGUUUCAUCAAAUUCCGGGAGAAGUGUCAUUAAGUAGCUGAUUUUGGAAAUGAUAUAUUAUUUGGUCUUUAUCAUUUUAAAAUGGAGAUGAAAACUGUUGGGCUUUAUUGUCAGUAGAAUUGUAUCAGGAUGUGGUGGGAGAUCAUUACUAAAUUCUCAGCAUAACCAUUUUCGUGAUAUGGUACUAUCACUUGAGUGAAGUGUGUACUAUAGGUAUCUCUUGAUAUUGAGAUUUUUGCAGCUGAUGGUCCAACUAAUCAUAGCUUCAAAUAUCACUGUUACCUGUCUGCUUUUUCUUUUGGAGGGGCAUUGUGGGUUUGGUUCCUCACCUUCAUAUUUUCAAAAUUAUGUUACGAAGUCAUGCAAUUGCGGACUCUUUUCAAAUUGAGAAUUGGCGUCAAUCUUCCUUGAGAAUUGAAUUGUACGUAUUUACUUCUUUGUUCUAUUUGGUAGCAGUCGUGUGGACUUCCUCAGUGCAUUUUUUCAUAUUACAAUUUAACGUUUCAUUUGAGGUGUAUCUUUGCUAGCCUACCUGACGUUAAAAUAUAUCUCUUUUUUAUAUGAGCAUGUUUUGUUUACACCCCCGUCUGUGCUGUGUUUUAGGUUCCAAUUAUCAUUUUGUCUUGAUUGGUACCAAAACCGCCGACUGCUGCUGAUUUAGUUUUAUAUUUUUUUUCCUCUUCUUAUUUAAUUUUAUAUAUUUUCUUCCAAAUUCAUAUUUUUGAAGUUGAUUACACACGACAAAGAUUUAAUGAUUUAAAUUGCCAACUCUAGGCUUUCCUUUCUGCUUGUUGAAGUCUGUGAUAUUUUUGGGCUUAUUAAUGUUCUUUUUAAGUUACUGGAGCAUCCUUAUCUCUUGUAGUGAUUCUGCAUUCUCAUUUUGCUCCUGGAUCUAAAUGACAAAUGAACAGCUAUUGUUGAUUCAAGAUGGCAAACUUUAUGGGCGAUACCCUUUCUCUGAUGUGAUCAUCAAAUCCUUAUCUAUUCCUGAGGCUAUGAGGAACCAAGAAUUCCAGAAAGAGUUUCAGAAAAAUGAGUCUGUCACUCAGCUGGAACAGGUCAGGAUAGUUUUUAAUUACAUGUUAUUUUCUAUGCCCUAUCAAAACAUGAUCGUAUUAUUUAUAUAUUUUACUGUUUCUCUAUAACUCUUUUACUGAUUUACAGCUUGUAGUGUACUUGCUUAAAGUCAUUUGCGCAAACACUGCAUGGCAACGACGUAAACUUGGAAAGAUACUACAAGAUUGGAGCGUCGUCACCAUACAGGCAUGUGAUUCUUUAACAAGAGCAAGUUCCUUUUUGAAUCAUUACCUUCCUUCAUUUCUGUAUUUCCUUAUUUUCAUCUUUCAUUUCCAUAUUUUGUGGCCUACGCAUUUGUAUGUGAUAGAUAAAUAUGUGCCAUGUAAAAGUGGCUUCAUGUAUUUUGCUUGAUUUUUUGCGCUUAUACAAGGUUAAUUGGAAGACAAUUGCAUGAAAGAAUAUAUAUACAGUUGCUAUCUGUAUUAUUCCAAGUCUGGUAGAGGACUAAUGACUUAGGGAAACCUCUUCUGAUGUAGCUGGUGCAAAUAGUGGCCACUCUAGUGCGUUAUGAUCUUGCUGAAUCUCAGGUUCAUUCCAGUUGUAAGCACACCAUUCUGUCAUAAUGAUGGACCCAGUACUGUAAUCGAACGCAUUAAUGAGAUUUUAGCCCCUAGCAACCUGCUGAACCCAUUGCCAAUGAGCUAGCCGAUCUUAAUUCUUAAGAAUGCUUCUAAGCAAGACCAUCUGGCCCACAAUGAUCUUCUGGAAAGGUACCAUCAAUGAACUUGGUUUUUAUCAGCCAUUCUAGAAAGAUGAAGUUAUAUGGACUUAUUUAUUUCUCUUUUAAACGUGAAGUUAGGCUUAUAUUCCUAACUCGUGUUACUUCAGAGAUAGUCUCUGCCUAUGGCCUUAUGCUACCUCUCUCCUGUUUGAACGGUAACUAUACUUUAAAUGAUGGGCAGGCUCAUUCCAAUGUAUUUUUCUGCAUAUCUAAUCUCUAUGUUACUCGGGUGACGCAUGGUUUAUUCCAUUUGGUAAUCAGGAAUAGAUAUGCUGCAGUAUGUUUUCUGCCAAAAAGAUGGAACUGCUUAAAAUUCUGAAAGCAUGGCACCAGAUUUUUUCCCAUUCCGUUUUCCAACACUCAACGGUGAAAAUAGAUUAAUGAGAGACAAAAUAAAUUUAGGGUUCCUAUGAUCUAUCUGGUUGAAAUCAGUUUCGGAUUAUUUAUUCGUAAUUCGGCUGCAAGCCAUGCAUAUGGUAAAAAAAUCUUGUGGAUAUGACGAGCUUCAUAGGGCUGCAUGAGGUUUAAAUAUUUGGAUUGCAUCCAUGGUCGUAUUCCUUUGGUUGAUAUAUGAUUUACUGCUCUGCCUAAGGAAAUAUCUUGUCUUUCCUUACUUCUCUCCCCUAAGUUCCUUAUUCUGUUCUAUUAUUAGCCUUGAAGAUCAUCUAGAAAUUAAAUGUGGUUCUUGUCACAGCUGGAGCUGGCAUUUAGAACGCAGUUUGGGGAAUUGUCCACCUCUUCCAUUGAUGAGGUGCUUAAUCUUUAUUCCUCCCCACCCUUUUUUCACUUAUAUACACUUAUAUAUGCCCACACUAAUGUGCUUGUGGCAUGUGAUAUCUUAAAAUCACUAACCAUGUACAAUAUAAUUUAUUGUUUUAACAGAAUUUAUGUACAAAAGUAUCAAAACAUCUCCUUAUUUGGGCAGAAGAACAGACCUACUGGAUUGCUUCUCGGUUCUUAAUGCUGGGGUUUGAGCUGGAUCUCUACUCCCCCAGUGAAUACUGCAUGGUCUAUUGGUACAUGUAUGUUGUUUUCAUCAAACGCUUGGAGAAGAUGCAGCUCAGAUUAUCGAGCAACAUCAAUAACUGUAAGCAUCAUUUUUCCUCUGUAUUUAUUCACCUCUCAACUCAUUUUCCAGCCUGUUAGUGCAUCGUUAGAAGCAAAUGUCAGAUAAUAGAUCAUACGUUAAAACUAUCAUUGGCCUCUGCUUCUUUUGCAUAUUAGGGGAAGCUGUGCCUAGUAGAGGUUUGAAGUGGAAUUUUUUGAGAAUCUACAAUAAUAAAUGUAGUUUUCAUCAAGCUCGUCACAUUUUUUUUAUGGGAUAUAAUUAAGUUUGAACUUAUUUUUCAUGGGUAGCCCUGAAGAGAGGGAAGAAGAAGAGGGAGCUUCCCAGGGAUGGGGUGGCAGAGUUCUCGCCACCAAUCUUGUUACUGCAGUGCUAUGUUUGCAUGUCUGAAGGGUUGGCCAUGGUGCUCUUCUUCUCUUCUCUCUUUCCCCUAAAUUUAAUUAUUUUCUUCUGAACCCUGAAUCAUUCUGAAUAAUACACAUGUUUUGUUUCCAAUUUUCUCUCUCCAAGAUGCUGGCGGCACUCAGUAACGUGAACAGGGCCUUCCAAGCCCCUACCAUUUUCAACACGGAGCAAGAGGUAAUGAACUCUUGAUUUUCUAUUGCAUAGUACCCGACCCUGUCAAUGCCUGAAUCAAUUUCCCAUUCCCCAGCGAUUCAACCAGCAUUUUGAUCUCCUCCAGAAGGCCCACCUACCUGAGGGCGUCUCUUACGAGCUCUACAAGGAAUCAAUUGCCCAUGCGGAUAUUUCUGUAUGUAGUAAUUAUUGCCCUGUUCAAACUCUAGAAACUACCCACAAUCUGACAUAAUCUCCUCUUCACCUGAUCCAGAACAUUAGAAACUGCCAUUAUUUUCUCGAUGCCCAGAAGAUUGUGGCAGCUCUCAGGGGCAGGCUUGGCAACGAGGCCGGCAGGCUGGCCGAGCUGCAGCAGAUAGAGCAGGUGGCUGAGCACAACCGGAUUGCCCUCAGUGUGAUUGAUCGAGUCGGGCCGUCAGAUCCAUCACUCCGGGUGACUCUCGAGUUUGAUCGUCACCCUUGCUUCGCUGUGGCCGCCAUCAAGCGAUCCUGA